AUGAUCGAAUCAAUAAUUUCACAGCUCUCAAAGCCCAACCAAACCCUCCCAACAACCAGAGCACUACACGGGUUCAUAGCCAAGACCCGUCUUGCAUCCGACCCGUUCUACGCGACCCGAAUCCUGAGGUUCUACGCCAUCAACAGCGACCUCAUAUCCGCACGCAAGGUGUUCGACAAAACUCCCGAAAGAAACAUAUUCCUCUGGAACUCCAUCAUUCGGGCCCACGCCCGGGCCCGCGAUUUCCAAACCGCAUUCGGGCUUUUCAGAAGCCUGCUGGGCUCAGAGACACGGCCCGAUAACUUCACUUUCGCUUGCGUGGCCCGGGCUUGCUCGGACGGGUCCAACGUGAGGGCAUUGCGGGCCGUACAUGGAAAGGUAGUUUCUUUCGGGCUGAGUUUGGAUUCUAUAUGCAACAGCAUGCUCGUUAGCUGUUAUUCGAAAUCAGGCCUCGUUCGUGAGGCCCACUUCGUAUUUAGGAGGAUUAAAGAUCCUGACUUGGUAUUAUGGAAUGCGAUGAUUUCCUGUUAUGGAAGUUGUGGAGAUUGGAUGAAGGGAAUUGAACAUAUUAACGCAAUGCAGGGUAUGGGAAUUCGGCCCGACGGGUACACAAUGGUCGGGCUGAUUAACGGGCUUAUAGACAAAAGCCCGAUAAACGUACGUGAAAUGGUCCAUGCUUUUUGCAUAAAAUGUGGUUUUGAAUCGAACGAUCAUGUAGGAAGUGUGCUCGUUCGUAUGUACUCUAAGUGUAAGAAAAUGGAAUUAGCGUGCAGAGUGUUUGAUAGUCUAUUCGAGCCCGAUUUGGUCUCUUGGUCAACUCUUAUCGCGGGGUUUUCCCAAUCGGGAGACCAUUUAAAGGCACUAGACAUUUUCCGGCAAUUUUUAAACUACGGGAAGGGGCCCGAUCCUGUGCUUCUCACCAGCGUGCUCUCGGCUUCUGCCCAUCUGGCGAUUUUAGGACCCGGAUUAGAGAUCCACGCGUACGCCGUACGGCGAGGCUACGACGCGAAAGUCUCGGUUGCCUCCGCGCUAAUCGACACGUAUGCGAAAUGCGGGUUUUUGGAGUGCGGCGUGAAAGUGUUCGAUAAAAUGCCCGAAAGAAACUUGGUCUCGUACAAUGCCGUGAUUUCGAGCCUUGGCCUGUACGGACGUGCUCGCGAUGCGUUUUGGGCUUUUGAUAUGCUUUUGAGAGAAGGAUUAAAGCCCGACGAGGCUACUUUCGCGGGCCUUCUUUGUGCUUGCACGCAUUCGGGCUUGGUUGAUGUGGGCCGAGAGUAUUUCAUGAUGAUGAAAAAUGAAUAUGGGCUCGAGGCUAAAACAGAGCAUUUUGUUCACAUGGUGAAGCUUUUGGGGAUGAACGGGAAACUGGACGAGGCUUAUGAUCUCGUUCGGGCUUUGACUUGGCCUGUUGACCUGGGUGUUUGGGGCGCGCUUCUGUCGUGCUGUGAUUUUAGCAAAGAUUACGAACUUGUUGAAGUUAUAAAGGAUCAUUUAUCGGGGAAUGUGGAGAACGGGAGUGGUUAUGGCGUGAUGGUGUCGAAUUUGUUCGCGGGUUGUGGGAGGUGGGAUGACGUGGCGCGGCUGAGGGUCGAUAAGGGAGGGGCUAAAGGCAAAAUGCGCGGCAUUAGCAGGGUCGAUGUGUAA